AUGUCACUGCCCCCUGUUAGUGAGCAAGGAGUCUGCGUGAGCCUGCGACCAGGGCAUGUCACUGCCCCCGUUAGUGAGCAAGGAGUCAGGGUGGCCAGGCAUGUCACUGCCCCCUGUUAUGAGUAUGAGUCUGGGGGCAUGUCACUGCCCCCUGUUAGUGAGCAAGGAGUCUGGGGGCCAGGCAUGUCACUGCCCCUGUUAGUGAGCAAGGAGUCAGGGGUGGCCAGGCAUGUCACUGCCCUGUUAGUGAGCCAAGCGAGUCUGGGUGGCCAGGCAUGUCACUGCCCCCUGUUAGUGAGCAAGGGGAGUCUGGGUGGCCAGGCAUGUCACUGCCCCUUACUGAGACCUAGUAGGUAUGCCCUCCAGGCCACUCCACCCCAAACCCCACCCCACCCACCCCAGCCCAGCCCAGCCCAGCUCACCCCAUCUCAGCCCAGCUCACCCCACCCCAGUUCAUUCCAGCCCAGCUCACCCAUCCCAGCUCACCCCAGCCCACCCCAGUUCACCCCAGCCCAGCUCACCCCACCCCAGUUCACCCUAGCUCAGCUCACCCAAGCCCAGCUCACCCCAGCCCAGCUCAGCUCACCCCAGCCCAGCUCACCCCAGCUCAGCUCACCCCUAGCCCAGCUCAGCUCACCCCACCCCAGCUCACCCCACCCCCCCAGUUCACCCCAGCUCAGCUCACCCAAGCUCAGCUCACCCAACCCCCAGCUCAGCUCAGCUCACCCCACCCCAGCUCAGCUCACCCCAGCUCAGCUCACCCUAGCCCAGCUCACCCCAGUCCAGCUCACCCCACCCCAGUUCACCCCAGCUCAGCUCACCCCAGCUCAGCUCAGCUCACCCAAACCCAGCUCAGCUCAGCUCACCCCACCCCCAGCUAACCCCCAGCUCAGCUCACCCCAGCCCAGCUCAUCCCAGCCCAGUUCACCCCACCCAAGCCCAGUUCACCCCAGCCCAGCUCACCCCAGCCCAGCUCACCCCAGUCCAGCUCACCCCAGCCCAGCUCACCCCAGCCCAGUUCACCCCAGUCCAGCUCACCCCAGCCCAGCUCACCUCACCCCCAUCCCAGCCCAGUUCACCCCAGUCCAGCUCACCCCAGCCCAGCCCACCCCCAGCCCAGCUCACCCCAGCCCAGCUCACCCCAUCCCAGCCCAGUUCACCCCAGCCCAGCUCACCACCGUCCAGUUCACCCCAGCCCAGCUCACCACCGUCCAGCUCACCCCAGCCCAGCUCACCCCCAGCCCAGUUCACCCCAGCCCAGCCCACCCCAGCCCAGCUCACCCCAGCCCAUCUCACCCCAUCCCAGCCCAGUUCACCCCAGCCCAGCUCACCACCGUCCAGUUCACCCCCAGUCCAGCUCACCCCAGCCCAGCCCACCCCAGCCCAGCUCACCCCAGCCCAGCUCACCCCAUCCCAGCCCAGUUCACCCAGCCCAGCUCACCACCGUCCAGUUCACCCCAGCCCAGCUCACCACCGUCCAGCUCACCCCCAGCCCAGCCCACCCCAGUCCAGCUCACCCCAGCCCAGCCCACCCCAGCCCAGCUCACCCCAUCCCAGCCCAGUUCACCCCAGCCCAGCUCACCACCGUCCAGUUCACCCCAGCCCAGCUCACCACCGUCCAGCUCACCCCAGCCCAGCCCACCCCACUCACCCCAGCCCAGCUCACCCCAGUCCAGCUCACCCCCAGUCCAGCUCACCCCAGCCCAGCUCACCCCAGUUCAGCUCACCCCACCCCAGCUCACCCCCAACCCAGUUCACCCCCAGCCCAGCUCACCCCAGCCCAGUUCACCCCAGCCCAGCUCACCCCAGCCCAGUUCACCCAGUCCAGCUCACCCCAGUCCAGCUCACCCCAGCCCAGCUCACCCCAGUUCAGCUCACCCCCACCCCAGCUCACCCCAACCCAGUUCACCCAGCCCAGCUCACCCCAGCCCAGCUCACCCCAGCCCAGUUCACCCCCAGCCCAGCUCACCCCAGCCCAGUUCACCCCAGCCCAGCUCACCCCAGUCCAGCUCACACCCCAGCCCAGCUCACCAGUCCAGCUCACCCCCAGUCCAGCUCACCCCAGCCCAGUUCACCCCAGCCCAGUUCACCCCAGCCCAGUUCACCCCAGCCCAGUUCACCCCAGCCCAGUUCACCCCAGCCCAGCUCACCCCAGCCCAGCUCACCCCAGCCCAGUUCACCCCAGUUCAGCUCACCCCAUCCCAGCCCAGCUCACCCCAGUCAGCUCACCCCAGUCCAGUUCACCCCAGCCCAGUUCACCCCAGUUCAGCUCACCCCAUCCCAGCCCAGCUCACCCCAGUCCAGCUCACCCCAGUCCAGUUUACCCCAGCCCAGUUCACCCCAGUUCAGCUCACCCCAUCCCAGCCCAGCUCACCCCAGUCCAGCUCACCCCAGCCCAGCUCACCCCAGCCCAGCUCACCCCAGCCCAGCUCACCCCAGCACUUAGAUAAAGGGUUUCAAAAGUGUUCUUCGGCUGUCCCCAUAGGAUAA